CAGCAUAGCAUCGGGUUUGAGGAUUUCUUUGAGCCAUGGGUCCUCGUCUUUGCCGCCACGCGAACGUUGCGUCACCAGUGAACACUCUCGAGGAGGUCCGACUUGAGGAGAUCUUCCAGCAGUUCGAGGAGCCACACACCAAUGUGAUGAAGGCCUCUCAUUUGGCCGAUGCCAUGCAGCUGGCUGAUAUGAACCCGGAGUGCUUCAAGGUGGAACAAAUCCUUGAAGGCAUUGGCAACCCACACGACUUCACCUUGCCAGAAUUCAAGCAGAGGAUGAAGGAGGUACAUGAUGCUCUCCGGUUUCUUCAACUCUUUGAUCCCCAGAAGACAGGUGUUCUACCGCGGAGGACCAUUGCCACGAUCCUGCAGCUCUGCCGCAGCAACUUCUCAGAGGAGCGCUUGGAGGAGAUGCUGAAAAAUGUGCCAUGCAAUCGUCAAGGAUUCGUAUACAGCUACAUGGUGCCAUUCCUCCUGCGGCCCGAGGCCGCAUAUGACUUGGAAGACCCAAAGUCUUUGGCCCAGUUCCUCAUUGAUGCCAACAUUCGCCUGGUGAGGGCUCCGUACCUCUACAAGUUGCUACGGUCAGAUCGCUGCAUGCCGCGAUGCCAGGAGGCGGAGCGCGAUUGCUGCGAGGUGAACGGAACGGAAGUCUCAGCCCUGGUAUCCCACCAGGAGGUGGCCGAAUGGGCUUUAGGCCGCAGGCAGGCCAUGAUUAUUUCCGUGUCUCAUGCGUGGGAGACUAGGGAGCACCCUGAUCCGUGCCGCUUUCAGUUGGAGCUUCUGGUGAACUGCGUGGCGCUAUGGGAUGCUGCCUACGUCGACGACAUUUGGAUCUUUUAUGAUUAUGUGUCUUUGUUUCAGUUCCAACGCGACACAGCUGAGCAAGAGACCAGUUUCCGGCGAGCGAUGGGCAACAUGCACAUGUUAUAUGCUCACCAGAGCACCCUGACUUUCCGCCUGGAAAGUCUCACACCUGAUGAGACAUGGACUGCUAGGAAGGAAGACUCCACUUACAAAGUGCCCGUGUACCAUUUGCCCAGUGGGUCGAUCGCCUGGAUUUCACUCAGAGACCUCUGGGAGAACCGUGUGCUCUACCUGAGCCGUGGCUGGUGCAUGGCCGAGAUCGAAUGGUCUGCGGCCCGGAAUAUCCCGGCCCAGAAUCUAGCCAUCGAUGGUGAGCCGGGCAUAAUGACAACUGCGAAGAAGGUGCCCACAGCGCCCGAAGUCUUUGAAGAGAGAAUGGCCACAUCGGCCUUUACACAUCGAAAUGACGCCACCAGCGUGGUUCGGCUUCAAAGGAAGAUCUUUCAUGAAAAGGUCACAUCAAGAAAUCACAUGAAGUUGCAGGACUUGACGCGAGCUGACAUGGUGGAGCUGGCGGCAUCUCUUCCCCACUUUCAGAACCUCAAGGUAUUGCAGAUCCACGGCUUCCGAGCAGGCGAAGGAGAGGCCAAUGCCUUCUGCGAGGCGCUCGGGUCGUUGCAGCUCCAGAAGUUGAGCCUGGCCUUUGCACCGAGGGCCACAGGACUAGCCAUGGCGGAGGCGCUCAACCAUUCCUGCUCAGUGUGGAGGUUCGCUUCGAUGACUGCCCUCGACUUCCGGUACUGCCACAUGGGCGAUCUUGGUGCCAAGGUGAUCGCGGAGGUGCUGAAGGGCAACACCACCAUCACCCACAUCGACCUGACGUCAAAUGGUAUCACUGACAAGGGUGUGCAGGUGUUGGCCCAGGCACUCAAGAACAACAAGACCCUGAGCGCCCUCAACCUUGCUCACAACAAAAUCAGUGAUGUGGCUGUGCAGGUGUUUCGAUUGCCGAAGCCAUUCGGGCGCGAGGCAUUGCAGGACAUAGAAGAAAGGAUCCUGACCAACAGGGCUGCAGAGGCUCUGGACCCUCCACCUGCAAAAAGCAAGGAAGACAAGGGUGAACGUGCAGAUGCAUUUCCCGGACGCCCACGCAUCCAGGCUUUGGCGGAUGCCUUGAAGCUCGGUGGCGACAUGACACAGAUUGAUCUCCAAAGGGAACUCCUUGGGAAUGAGGAAAUCAAGGUGCUGGCCGGGGCACUGCAGCUGAACCGGAAAGUCAGCCGCAUCGACCUUUCGUCCAGCCACCCCAAGAUCACCGACGCUGGUGCGAAGGCCAUCGCCCAGAUGUUGCUGCAGAACAAGACUAUUAUCACAAUCAACCUUGCAGGUAAUGCAAUUGGUCGUUUGGGUGUGGAGGCGCUGGCCGAGGCAGUUGAGCACAAUAACAUCGUUCGUGAGAUCAAUCUUGACCACAAUGGUGAUGUUGAAACUGAGGCCCUGCUGAAGCGGAUCCGAACACGUUGUGAGGAGAAUCAAAGAGCAAUUGCAAGAGUCAUGGUUGAGACACUUUUGGAAGACCUGAAGAGAGACAGCACCAAGAGGAAGAUUGAUCUUUCCCACUACUGCAUCGGGGAUGCUGAAGUCCAGGUUCUUUCGGAAGCACUGGCGGGCAACAAUAGCAUCACCCGUAUCUACCUGCAAGGCAAUCAAAUCACCGAUGUUGGACUGGAGGCGAUCUCGGCAGCGCUGCUGUUCAACCGGAGCAUCACCCACAUCAACCUGUCCAACAAUCAAAUUAAAGAUGCUGGGGCAAAGGCACUGGCGCAGGUGCUGAAGCAGAACCGCAGCAUGACCUACAUCAAUCUGAGCGGGAAUCACAUCGGCAUUGGUGGCAUGGAGGCUAUUGAGGCUCUGGCUGACGCCAUGCAGGAGAACGACACUCUCCUUGAGCUCUGCCUUCACGAGUCAUUUCGCGAAGAGUGCCAGGCAGAAAAGCGCAUCUGGGAACGUUGCUCAGCAAAUCAAGCCGCGCAGGCCAGAGCUCAAAGCAGUUGAAGCACCUCUGGAGCGUGUCAUGUGGACCUGAUGGGGAAUGAUGGGGAUGCCCACCAACACAACAGAUUGACGAGAUGGAUCGAGAUUGUCAUUCCUUUCUUCUGCAAUUCUGUGAAUCUUGGUUUCAAUCUGCAAGCAAUUGGAGGACGCAAGCUACUUGGCUACAAUGUCACUAGCAUUGAUUCCAUGAUUCCUUUGUCUUACCCCUAUUUGGACUUCAACGCGACAAGACUCUGUGUGCUUGGCGCAAACGAUCAUCAUGUGGGAUCUAAGCGGGCUUCCUUUUGUCUAUAGCUACAAAAUUAUCUUCCACCCAACAGUUCAAUAGAACUUCGUGAGGGUUUUGUUUGCUUGACUGGCUGGAGCCUGAGCGGCUGUGAUGCCAUUUGCGCAUCCUGACCUGUACAUAUUACGUAUGAUUAAUCUACAUAUGCAGUUUUCAUCCUGUUCACCCAGCGCGUGAGCAGGCGCGUGAGCAGCAGGCGCC